AUGGAAAAGGGAAAUCACUCGGAGGUGACUGAGUUCAUUCUCACAGGACUGACAGAUCGUCCGGAGCUGCAGGUCCCCCUCUUUGGGGUGUUCCUACUGAUUUAUGGUGUCACCCUGGUGGGGAAUGGGGGGAUGAUCUUGUUAAUCAUAAUUGAUCCCCGACUCCACACCCCCAUGUACUUUUUCCUCAGUAAUUUGUCGUUCUGUGACCUCUGCUUUUCCUCGUUAGUUUGCCCUAAGAUGCUGCUGAAUUUCUUAGCUGAAAGGAAAAGCAUUUCUUACACUGCCUGCUCUGCGCAAAUGUGUCUCUCUAUCAUUUUUUCAGAUGUUGAGUGCCUCUUGCUGGCAGUGAUGGCGUAUGACCGUUAUGUGGCCAUCUGUAACCCGCUGCUCUAUACGGUCACCAUGUCCAGGCAGCUUUGUAAACGGCUGGUGACUGGGGCAUAUGCUGUGGGGUUGGUAGAUUCAAUGAUUCAGUGUUUUAUAUUUCGGCUGUCAUUCUGCAGCUCCAACAUCAUCAAUCAUUUCUUCUGUGACGUCCCCCCACUGUUGCCACUCUCCUGUUCUGACACCCGCAACAACGAGAUUGUGAUGUUUGCUUUCGGGUGCUGCAUUAUAGCAAUCAGUUUUGUGACUGUCCUCCUCUCCUAUGUCUAUAUCAUCUCCACCAUCCUGCAGAUCCGCUCUACUGAGGGCCGACACAAAGCCUUCUCCACCUGUUCUUUCCACUUGAACGCAGUGACUCUGUUUUAUGGCACCCAACUCUUCAUGUAUUUACGUCCCCCCUCCACCUAUUCCAUGAACACAGACAAAGUAGCCUCAGUGUUUUACACGCUGGUGAUCCCCAUGUUGAACCCCCUCAUCUACAGCCUGAGGAACACAGAGGUGAAGGACGCCCUGAGGAGAGCAAUGAAUAAACUCCUAACCAAUUCCUGA